AUGAAAAGUCUUAUAAGCUUUCUAGCCCUUAUAUGACUAGCUAUGGGAGAUCCUACAAGAACUGCUAAAGAUGGAUACUUGGAUCCUGGAAAAAUCAGAUGGUGGAAAGACAGUUGGGCUCCUAAUCCUAUUGAGCUCUCUCAAACCAACUCUGGGACUUCCAGUGGUGUUACUGUCACUGUCAAUUUUAGACCUCAAACUUCUUUGCCGACAACUGGCAAUAUGGGGAUUGUUAUUGUGACUGUGCCAUCAACUUUUUCAACCCAAAUAACUUAUCCUUCUAGCUCUAUGGCAAUAAAGGCAAAUACUGAUACUUCUUUUUCAUUUAGUUUGGCAACAGCUUUACCUUCUGCUGGAGUCUAUGGACCUUUCCAAAUUGUGACUAAAACUUCAACAGGUGGCCAAAUCUACGACGCGAACUACGUUUUCGGUUGUGUCGCAGUUUCAGCCUCAGUAUCUUCAGCUUCUGCGAAUUCUUUGACAGUAAACGCAGUCACUUUGACCACUAAUACAGCCAUUGUUGGCUCCUCAGAUGGACUUUACUUUUCUUUUACAAUUCCUGCUGGCACUAAUCUUUGGAAACAUGACAUUUUUGAAAUCGUCCCUGACACCCACUGGACAAUUCCUUCAAGCCCAACUUGUGCUUCUGUAGAUAUUUCAGGCACUACUAACUAUAUCAAAGGUCCUAAAGGAGACAAUAGCCUACCUUGUGCUAUUGCAGCGAGUGGAGGGGCUAAUGGAGGAUAUAACACUGCUAAAUCAGCUGCAACUCCAGCUACAAACAGUAUUUAUAUAUAUGGGCUUUCUCAAGAUGUGCUUAUAACUUCAAGUUAUCAGAUCAAGCUUCAAGUUUCCAGCUUUACUCUUCCUCUCUCAGCUGUUUCAACUUCAAAUUUCAGCUGGAAUCUAAAAAUAUGGAGGUGGGGAACUACCAACCUUCUUGCUCAAUAUGCUGGAACUGGGCCAUUGACUCCAGUCGCGGGUGCCGUAACAAUUAGCUCAUGGGUUCCUUAUAACACCAAUUUAGCUUCAACUGACAUCCCAAAUAGCAGCUCAAACAGUUUUUACUUGUUUACUAAGCUCACUUUUCAAACAGCUCACGCAAUUACAUAUGGGACAAUCGUCAUUACCUUUAACAGCUACGCAGAUAUUUCUUCUGGGUACUGGUGGCAAGACCAUGCGAGCACAUCCGUUGAUACUAGAGCAAAUUGCUAUCUGAAUACCUACGUAAAAGGUAUUACAUGCAGCGUCGCUAGCACAAAGGCAACUAUAACUAUAGCAGACAAAGUUACUUUGGCUGCGAAUACAGCUAUCUCAAUCACAUUAUUGACCAAACUUACCUCAGGAGCUGCAAUUAGCUCAAUAAUAACUACUGAUUCAACUACCUCUGCGAAUAUUGAUCAAAUUACUUCUACAACUUCUUGGUCAUUUAACACUGCAGCUUCUACUUAUGUACCUAUGACUAGUUUCCAAUUCUUUGCAACUGCUACAAAUUCCAUACCAACAGGUGGAACACUCACUUUAGGGGAACAAAAAGGAGGAUAUACUGGAUCCCAAUAUUUAAUGUGGUAUAUGACCCCAAAAAACGACUGGUCUGCAUCCACCACCUUAAAAGUCAGUUUACCAUUUUCUUCUUCAGGGGUGCAGCUGCUGAAUUCUUAUAUUACCACUAGCGCCACAUAUAAAGAAAAAAUACUUCAAAGCUCAGAUUAUGCUUCAGCCGCUGUAGCACUUGAUGCGAAUAUAAACACCCCAACUCUCAGCGCCGGAAAUCCAGGAUCUAUUUCAAUUGCGUUUAAAGCGACUGGAUUCCCUACCACAUCAAGUAAGAAUAUGUUUGCUUUUUCAUACGGGGAUAACUCAGGUGCUUCUGCUCAAGAUUCGCUGCCAUUUGUAGCAUCAAAUGUGGCUACUUUCUAUGAGUGUUGGGCUAAGACUUCAUCUACAACAAAUGGAGCAGUAACUGAAUUCUCUAACUAUGUUUUCUCAGUAAUAACAUCGCAAAGUGAUGCUGAGCUAAAAGUUGCUUCACUGUGUAACGACAAUUAUGCUGGAAUUCCAAUUGCUGUAGUUUUCCAUGCUUUGAAUGUUCAAGCACUAAACCCACUCCCCAUCUCAAGCUACUCUAAAAUAGAUUAUCUAUCCUUGAUAAAAAGAAAUAUAUCUUUAAAUUGUUUAGUUAUCUUAUUGAAAGAUAAUCCAUUUGCAGAGCAGGAAAACAGAAUUCCAUAAGACUGCCGCCGGAAUAAGUUUUUCCCGUGAAAAGCAACCCCGUGGCCAAUUUAUGGGAAAAAUUUAUAAUAAUUUAGAAAGAAUUCAAGAGUGAAAAGAAUGGUAAGCUUAGCUGCAAUGGAGUGCAAGAAGAAUUUGAAGGCGAAUUAAAACUGAUGAUGAUUGCUAUAAAACUAAAGGCUCAAAUGAUGAAGACAACGCUAUUGGUGCUACGGAUGGGACUGUUAGUUAGAUGAAAGUCAAAGCAAAAAUGGCGGUAUAAGUGAAAACGAAGAUGUCAGUGAAAAUGAAUUUUCAGACAAAGAUAAAGAGAAGGAUAAAGAAAUGUAAGAAGGAAAUAUGCUGAUUGGAUACCUGCAAGAGUAUAUUCACUCUGCAGCACAAAGAAGAGACAAAAGACAGUAGGCCAUUUACCCGUAAAAAAUAUGGAUAACGGAAAGUUUGGAGGGAAAUAGAGAUACUGAUUGCUAUUAAUUUAAAGUUGAAGAUAAUGAACAUGGACUGAAAAAUCGCGAUGUAAGGAGAGAGAAAGAUUGUUUAGGAUCUAAAUUGUUGAGUGAUAGAGUGGAACUUAAAAUGUAUUUGAAGUUGAAAAUUUGGAUGCAAGUUUCAAAAAUGUGCUAGAAGCAUUUUUGGUGAAACUUAGCAAGGCAAUAAACCGUCUAAAUAAUAAUAAUGCUAAAUCCCUUUAAUAAGCAAAAUUCUGCUUACCAUAAGUUUAAAUGAGAUACCUUAUAUUUUAUAUAAGUUCACUGAAUUCAUUUUAAAGUGUAAUAAUAAAGCUAGCUGUAGCAUAUUUCAUUUUUUCUUUAUUAUUAAAAUAAAAUUUCUUGUAUGUAAAUUUCUGUACUGCUAGGAUAGGAAAACAAAGUAUUUAAUGCAUUAGAGAUAUACUAUAAAUAGUGUUAAAAUAUAGAGAGAAACAACUAUACUGUAUUUAUUCUUAUUUUUUGUUAUCAAUAAUUGGUAGGUUUUGAAAAGAGAAGUACCUUAUUUGACCAUUUGAAUAUGAAAUUUAAUUUCGGAGACACAACAAACCUAUAUUAUCUAGAUGUGACUUUUACUGAUUCUUUAGGAUCAAGCAAUUUAGGGACUGGGGCAACUGGUAAAGAAACGAUCCCUGUAGCUAGUGCAGCAACUGGAGCGACCGCCACUCUUGACCCAACAUCAAAAACAGUGACUAUCUCUGGACUUGGAUCUGUUGACACGAACGCUAAAGUUAGCGUUUAUCUGCCUUAUGGAGGAGAUAUAACUACAAGCUAUGCUACAACUCAAACUUUCUAUUAUCUUGUGGCUGGAGCUGACCCAGCUAAUAAAAUGGUUCUAUAUACUGGAACAGGAGGAAGCACAUUCACUUCAUCAGGUGAAGUUAAGUUUUCUUCUGGGUCAUUUACGAGCCCUGCAUCUGGAUCAUAUACUAUUGGAGGAACUUCUGUUUCUACAACACUAAGUGUAACACCUGCCUCUUCGAUAACUUCCAAUGUAAAUUCAGGCUGAAUUGGAGUUGGGCUACCUGCAGGUUUUACUUCUUCGUCAACUAAACUAAACUUAGGCUCAAAUUCUGCAAAUUUGUAUAGUGCUGCUUCAUCAAGCAGCUCAUUUAAAGGAGGAUUCAUGAUUGCACCACUUUCGUCCAGUAUGGUAGUUACUCAAGGAGCAGCAAAUACUCUUUCAAUGGAUCAGGGCCUAAAUGUUCCAUCUUCUACAGGGUUAGAAUCAGGGGCAGGAUCAGGAACGCUCACUGUAUUUAUAGCAGGCUCUACAAUAGGCAACGCUUGCACAUGCGCAUCACAAUCAUCCCCAAUAACAGUAAGUAUCAACCCUGCGACGAUUACGGCUGAUAGUUGCACACUAGAUAAACCCUUCGCUCAAGGCUCAGACUCAGUCGAUUCCACCCUCACCUUAACAUUUACAACUGUAAACCCUAUUCCUGCAGGUGGGAAAAUUACUAUUACUCUAGCUUCAAGCGCCUGGACAUUGAAAUCAUCAGAUCCUCUUUUCAGCACCUGCCAAGGAGUUGGGUUCACUGACCAAUCCAAAACUCUCCAACAAUCAUGUAAUGCAUCAGGAACAACAGUCACUUUAACUAAAUUUUCUCAGAUUGCUGCAGGUUCAGUUAGUGUAAAGCUGAACCAUGUAAUCCCAACCUCCACGGCUGCAGGCUCAAUAAAUUGCUUUACAGCUGUAACAACUUAUGAUGCAAAAGGCUAUGUUAUAGAUUCUGCAUCUAGUUUAACUAAAUCAGUUGAUGUAGCAGUUUCAACUGGAGCAGGUACCACAAACACCAAUUCUUUUGUUUCUAAACCAUAUCCAAAUGUAGCUGGGGCAACCGCUGAUAUAUAUCUUACAUUUUCUUUAUCAAAAGCAGUCCCUCAGUAUGGCAUAAUAUCAAUUACUCCAGGAUUUGUCAGCUCAUUAGCCUUGUCCUCUGGAGACGUCUCAAGUUCUUGCUGGACUGACAUAGACUACUAUUCUUGUAAAGUUUCAGGCACCUCAAUUAGUAUACAAUUAAGCAACUCUCUUGCUGCAAACACAGCAAUGAAGGUAUAUUUGGAUAUGGCUUUAGUCCUUCCUACCUCCAAUUCUACGACCACAGGCUGGACAAUUUCAUCCACAUGGGGUGAAGUCUCAAUCACAGCUGAUUCUACUUCAGCAUCUCCAGCAACAUUCCCACAAACUGUCGGAGCUGCUGUUAACAGCGCUAUCACUUUAAGCUCAGUUGCCGCUGUUAACUCACAAACUGCAGAUGAGACGACUUCUUAUACCUUUACUUUCACAUCAGCUGUUGUGGUGGCUACUUCAGAUUCCUUUGUGAUUGAGUUCCCUAAAGACUUUAGCCCUCUUCUUGGACUAGCUAGUGCUGUAUUCCCUGACUGCUCACCUAAUAACUUUUAUACUACUUGCAGCUCAACUGCUUUAGGCAUUUCUAGCGGAACUUAUUGCAGUGUUGACCAUUGGAAACUUACUGUUACUGGAAUUACUAAGGCAACAACUGCGACUACUGCAAGUAUCGAUAUUACUGUGGAUGGAAUCCAAAACCCAGCAGCAGGUACUACAACUGGAAAAUUCAGCUUAUACCAAUAUGGCUCAGAUGGAUCUGUUAAGGCUUAUAUACAGAAAGCAACUGCAGCGACUAUCACAAGUCUUGCAUCAACGAUGGUUUCUCUUAAAGCUGCCACUGUGGAUACUACAACUCUUUCGAAAUCAGCUACGUAUACAUUUGAUUUCUACCUCUCUGCAUCCACCACCUUUACUACAGACCAUGUCAUUUCCAUCUAUUUCCCAUCACAAUUCAACAACAAAUUAAGAAACGGUAGCACAGUUCCUUGCAAGUCUGUCUACUAUGAUGAAUCAUCCUCGUCUUCAAGCACCACAACAAGCCAAACUUUAAGCUCUGCAACCUCAUGCUCAGUCUCAGGAAGCAAUGUCUCCCUUAAUUUCCCAAGCUCAUUGACAACAGCUACCGCAACAACCUCAAGAAUCCAGCUCCAACUGACAGGCUUCUACAACCCUGAAUCAGGCAUAUCAAGAACUGCAGGAUGGGACAUAUCUGACUAUUCCACUUUUAGCUCUACUAAAUUUGACCGAUACAGUAAUAAGUUUUCUAUUGCAAUCAGCCAAAGCAGUAAAACUCAGAUUUAUGCAGAAAGCUGGCCUAACCUUAACUCAGCCUAUAUUGGGUACACUGUAGGCUAUGGCUCAAGUUAUUCAACUUCUAGCACUGCUUCCUCUUCAAAAAUUUCAUUAUUGCCUGGAACACAAAGCACUGAUCAAACUAUUUCAAUUCUUGAUAGCAAUAGCUGGCCAAUGAAGUCAAAAUCAUUUAAAUUGAGCCCUACUUCAAAUGCAAAUUACCCUGAUAGCGGAAACCUCAAAUAUACAUCAGCUUUUCAUGCCUUCACAGUUUAUCAGAUGACUCCUCAGUUUAAUUUCAGAGUAGCCGCUAAAAGCAGUGCAGCAACUGGAAUUUAUUACAUCGACUGGGGAACACCUACUGAAAAAUUGCAAGAUGGAGUUACUAAUUCUUUAUAUGUCGCUCCAUUAAGUACAAUGAUUGAAGUCUGCAGCUCUUUGACUCCUGCAACUGUCACUGUUGACACUUUACCAACCCUCUACAAAUACUAUACCAGCAUUCCAAUCAAAGUAUCUCUUGCAAACGCCCCUGCUUCCCAGUUAACAGUGACUCCUACUUUUUCAGUCACAGGAUUUACAGUCACCCCGACUUCUCUUACCUUUGGCCCUGAUGUCAAUGCUCUUUACUUCCAAGUUAAUGUUGGCUCUGCCUACUCAGCCUCAGCCACAUCACCAACUGUCAGCUUUACCUUGGGAGGAACAGAUGCUGCUGCUUUUACAGCACCUAGCAAGCAGACAGUGACUGUUUCUACAAGUUAUCCUUCCAUUGUGACAGCAACCCCAGGACUAUCAAUCACCAAGGUAAGUGCUUCUGAAGUUAAAGUUGCAGUCACAUCGACAAUUGCAGGAGUUUUGUAUUGGGGACUUGGAUGCCAAGGCUCUCAGGUUCUUACUUUUGCUGGCCUGUCAGCCCUGGUUUCUGAUCUUGUGACCCCAUCUAAGACUAUUCAAACUCUUCAGGAACAAUUGUCCCACCAAUACCAAAAUACAGAAACAGAUAUUAAUACAUCUAAAAAGGAUACUGAUAUUAAUUCAUUUUUCAGAAGAAUUCAUUCAGAGCAUUGCAGUGAUUAUUGGGCUUCUUCACAGGUUAUCACUACAGCUGGAGCUACUAUUGAUUUUAAUUGGCUGAUGGCAGGAACAAGCUAUACUUUUUCGGCUUAUAUUGCUACAAGAUUGACCAACAACACAGGAGCUUAUCCUCUAAAUACUUAUAACUUUACAACAGAUGCAGCAGGACAAUACUAUAGCACAGCCGUUACUUUCUCUGGAUCUGUUCUUUCAUCAUCAAGCAGCAGCAUUGCUAAAGUCUUAGCUAAAAACAUGGGUGUCAACCCUUCAUGGCUUACUUAUGUAAGUUCAACAAGAAGAAUGCUCCAAGGCACUAGUUCUACAACAACAUUUACUUAUAAUGUGCUUUCUGAUAGCAGAUAUCCAGCCUAUACUUCUUCAGCGAUGAUUUCUAAUCUCAAUACUAAUCAGGCCCAGGCAACUUCUGACUUCUCUAGCACACUAUCAUUAACUGCUACAUCCCUUGGAACAUCCACAGCUGUCUCGACUGGAACAACUCCAACAUGGUCCACUGCUCCUGCAAAGACUGCUUCAACUGACACCUCUGCAACCUUUACUGCAGCUUCUUCACAGGCUGGAACUAUAUAUGUUUCUUGCACAGAUAACGAUCUUACAGGCCGCAUUACUUAUGCAUGGCAAGUUACUAAUGGAUUAGAUGCAACUACAGAAAAGGUCCCUUCAGCAAAUGUAGCCAGCGUUGCUGCCACCAGCGAAACUCUUACCUCUUUUAUUCUUCAGACUGGCUUUUUCUAAUGAUUUUAUAUGUAAAAAUGUCUAUUUUUGAUCAGGGGAAUUACAGUUACAGGUUUGUCCGCAGGGACUUCUUAUGCUUGCUACUUCACUGCUUGCAAUAGUUACCCAGUAACACCUUCUUGCAUUGACUAUUCCUCAAAUAAUCCUUUGAAAAGCAUAUCAUUUAAGACUUCUGGAUCCUCAGGCAGCGACAGCAGUGCAGUUAUGAUGGGCGCAAGUGCACUUUUGGCUUUUAUCUUAACUUUACUUAACUAA